CCAUACACAUACACAUGAACAAACCCAAUUGAAGAAGACCCAUCAAAAUUCUCUUACAAAGUUUCAAACCUGAUCAGCUAAAAGCACAACUCACCUCACAAAAACAACAUAGCCACCGUGUUUUCAUUCAUCAGGUUGUUUCUAUCUCAAUCUGUGAAGAUGGUGUUGGGUUGGAGAAGAAGGAAGAGUAGCAGCCACCAUAAAAAUUCAAGGCCUAAAGUUGAGUUGGAGAUUCCCAAUCACUUCAGGUGCCCAAUUUCUCUUGAUUUGAUGAAGGAUCCUGUAACAUUGUCCACUGGAAUCACCUAUGAUCGUGACAGUGUUGAAAAAUGGUUUGAUGAUGGGAACUACACGUGCCCUGUUACAAACCAGAUUGUGAAGAAUUUUGACAUGAUCCCAAACCAUUCUUUAAGGAUGAUGAUUCAAGAUUGGUGUGUGGCAAAUAGGCAACAUGGAGUUGAGAGAAUCCCAACUCCAAGAACACCCAUUAGCCCAAUGGAAGUUUCUGAUCUUCUUUUUCAAGUGAAGGCAUCAUCAAAGCGUUUUGAUCAAUAUGGUUGUUUAGAAUUGGUGCAGAAGAUUGAGAGAUUGGGAGCAGAGAGCGAGAGGAACAAGAAAAUCAUAGUGGACAAUGGAGCACCGGGUGCAUUAGCCUCAGCUUUUGAUGCUUUUGCAAAUGAUUCUGUGGAGAGGAAUGUUCUUGUUCUUGAAGAGAUUCUGUCAGCACUGAAUUGGAUGUUUCCACUUCAGUUGGAGGCUCAGAAAUCUCUGGGGUCUCAAGCUUCUUUAAAUUGCAUUGUUUGGUUUUUGAAGCACCAAGAUCUUCAGGGGAAAGAGAAAUCCAUUGUUGCAUUGAAAGAGCUUCUCUCUUUUGGUGAUGAGAACCAUGUAAAGGCUCUCUCAGAGAUUGAAGGAGCCAAUGAGCUCUUGGUAGAGUUCAUCAACAAGAGGAUUAGCCCAAAAAUCACAAAAGCUUCAUUAAGAAUAGUUUGGUACAUGUGUAGUUCAAACUCUUCUAGUGAGAAGGUGAAAUUGGCUUUUGUGGAAUUGGGUUUGGUUUCUUCUCUUUUGGACAUUCUCAUUGACUCAGAAAAGAGCAUGUGUGAGAAGGCUUUGGCUAUCUUGGACUCUCUCUGCAGUAUUGAAGAAGGGAGGGUGAAGGCUUGUGGUAAUGAUUUGACAAUUCCUGUGUUGGUCAAGAAGCUGUUGAGAGUCUCUGCAUUGAGCACAGGGUACUCUGUUUCUGCUAUGUGGAAGCUGUGCAAGUUUGGAGAGAAAAAAGAUGAUGAUGAUGAAGGGAGAGUUUUGGUUGAGGCACUUCAAGUUGGUGCCUUUCAGAAGCUCUUGUUGGUGCUGCAAGUUGGUUGUACUGAGGAGACCAAGGAGAGAGCAACUGAGCUUCUCAAACUGCUGAAUCCUUACAGGGCUGACUUGGAAUGCAUAGACUCAGAUUUCAAGAAUCUCAAGAGAUCAUUUUAAACUCAGUUUGGAUCAGUUUCUUUUUUCUCAAAAUUAAUUCUACUAGUCAGAAGCUACUCUCAUUACCAUAACUGAUUCUAGCUUCUGAAUUAAUUGUAGAAGAAUUUUUAUACAUACACUUUUAUUUUACCUAGGAGUAUGAUGAAUUAUGUGUACAUGUUUUUGGGCUCAUGGAUCCCUGCUGUUGCUCGUACUCAACUACUCAUGGGAUUCAAAGAAUCCAUAAAUAGAUAGGAAACAUCUAAAAUAACAUUCUUUUGUAUAUCUUUUUUUUUUUGAAUAAUAAAAAAAUAAAAUAAAAUUGUACUGCAUGGUCUGGAAUGAGACAGAGAGAAGAUUUUAGUCUACUGCAAGUUUACAAUAGUCCACAUAUUUGAACUUGAACCAACCAGUUCAAUAAUCCAAAGUUGAAUAUAAUGGGAAUGAGUUCUGUUA